CACCGCGGAGCGAGGACAGCGCGCGCGGGCCGAGGGACCCGAGGGAUCGAGGUGGAACCCUCGCCGCGCCUCUUAUCCUGUUCGACGUCCGCGUCGACGUCGACGGUCGCGGGCGGCGUUCGAGGGCGGGCGGCGGCGGCGGCGGCGGCGCGCGCGGCGGCGGUCAUGGCGUGCCGCGGGACGCGGUCGCGCGUCGACGGCGAGGAGAUGUGCACGGUGUGCCUGGAACCGCUCCCGCUCCCCGGUCCCGGCGCGGACGUCGUGUUGGUGCUGCACGCGUGCGGGCACUGCUUCCACAGGGACUGCGCGCAGCGCAUGCUCCUCGCGUCGCUGCGAAAGCAUCAGAAGCCGCGGUGCCCCAACUGCAGGGCGACGCUCGCGACCGCGCCGUUCGGGACGCUGCUGGGACAGCGGAAGCAGCCGCGGGAGAAGCGAAUGCGGAACAUGCGCGAGCUGUUGAGCGUCAGCGAGGACUACAUGAAGAGCAAGAACUGGAGGGUGCCGCGGAGGAACCCGCACGGGUCCACGGAAGCGCAGCGAAGCCUCGCGAAGCUGAUCAUCCAGACGCGCAGCGCGUUCAAAGACGAGUUCGGGUGCGAGCCUUGAAGCGACUGAUGACGCGACGACUUUCGCGCGAGCGAAGGAAGCCGUCUCCCCGCGCCGUCCUUCUUCGAGAAGAGGGCGGCGGUGGGGCGCGCCGGCGAUCGACUCGAUCGGCUAGAGGCUGGCCUCGUCGAUUCUUUUCUUUUCCUCCCGCGGGGGGGAACGUAUCACCCCCCACCCGCGCGGAUGCCCGUACGCGUAGCCUUAUUGGCGACUGUGAAACACAGACAGCGGUGUGAACCG